AUGUCGGCGGGAUUCCCGGGCUGUCAGUACAUAGGAAGAACAAUUGAGAAUAUGCGAAAGCACUGGCGCACCACCCAUGGAUGGUCCCAGUAUCCGCAUGGUGGUCGAGUAAGCCGUGACGAGCGCGUGCGUGCAGAUGCUGAGCUGCAGCGAUCCUUUAUAUCUGUGACAUGCCAGCAGAUAUUCCCAUCGCGCAAAGGAUCGCAUUAUAUUCACAUCCGCAAUCCAAAUGAGAACGACGAACCGGCGAUCCCCACAGAUGAUAUUCAGGUUGCUGUCCAGGAGCUAGAGAACGCGUGGAAGGAGGCGCAGUCCACGCCGAGUACAAUUCAGGCAUCUGAUAUUACCGACGCCAACCCAUGGCUGCGCAUGACCCGGUGGUCCGAGUAUUUAGAAGGAAUCGCACCAAAGGAUCUAACCGACAGCGUGGCGCCGCCCGAGGAAGAGCCCACAGAUCCCGUGGAGCAGGGCGUGCGCCACAUUUGGGCCGCCAUGGAGCAGGUCGUGCGCAAGAGCCAGCGCGUGGUCCAGCACAGCGGCCAGGCAAUCUGCAUUGAAGCCAUCCGAUCUGAAAAGGGUCAAACACCAUAUCGACCGUUGCAGGCCGUUUAUCGCGCGCACCCAGGCGCCACACGGAUGGACGAGUCCCCGUACGGGAUGACAGCACGGCAGCGCAAGAAAUGGCGGCAGUUAUGGCACCUCGCCACUACCCACCGGGAUAUUCCCGGCGAGCCGCAGGACGACGACGCAGCGUGGCGCAUGACCCCGAUCGAAGGCGCGUGUUUGGAGUUUUGCAUCGAGUUGCUAAACCAAAAGCAGCGUAGCCAUGAGUACGAGAGCGUGCUUGUGGCGCGCUUUAUAAUUGUCCAGAAAGCGCUUUGGUUGGAUCCGAAUCCCGAGGAGAUUAUCGCGGUGUGGCAGAAGAAGAGUAACUGCGCGCAGUGGGUGCUCGCCAGCGCCGACGACGAGCUGGAGGAUAUUUAUUCGGACGAGGGAUAUUACAGUCAACCAGAGCAAGGCAUCCCAUCAUCGCCCCCACAUCGCCCAUUACCAGCAGAGCACGUGGAGUGGAUGGUGCAGCGGUUUAUGGUGCGUGGCACCCACAGUCCAAUACAAACGUUGCAGGAUUGGCGCACGUACGGGUUAAAGAUCCAUUAUAAUACCACGGCGCCCGGGCACAUUACAUGGAACCAUGGCGACGAGCUCGGAUACAAGCAUAUCACAUUUACCAUGGGCGAUUUCCGCGGAUUUGUCCAUGGAUUGGUCGGGGCCACACGCCAGAUAUUCGCGGGAAGACAUUCCCAGUAUUCCAUGGCACGCGAUCUACGACGACCCCACGCAGGCCACGGUGGGAUGGAAUUUUUGCGGGAUCAGCGCACGCAAUGGCCGGUGGGGCCCAAGUGGAUGAUCGGCCGGUUGCGGGCCGAGCCGGCCGUGCAGAAGGAGUUUACCGUCCGGCGCCAAGCCCGACGGCUGCACAUGCCGAAGGUGGCGCAGUAUCUGGAGCGCGUGGCGCGAUUUAAGGAGAAAUUAGCAGUGCUUGUUCACGUGGUAUCCGGCCAGCCGGCUCGCGCACCCGAGUUAUUAAGUAUUCAACAUGUGAAUACCGUGGCGAAUCGACAGCGCAAUAUCUAUAUCGAGGACGGGAUGGUGGCGUUGGUGACGGCGUACCACAAGGGGUUUUACGCGAGUAACGAUAUAAAGAUCAUUCAUCGAUUUGUGCCACGGGAGGUGGGUGAAUUAAUUGUGUGGUAUUUAUGGUUGGUAUUACCAUUUGUGCAGCAACUAAGCGCAUGGCAUGCGAAGCAGACGCAGGGCACCACGGCGCAGGGCAUGCACGCAACGCAGGGAACGCACGCAGUGCAGGGCACCACCACAGCGCAGGGCACGAACGCAACGCAGGGCACGCAGGGAAUACGCGCAGUACAGGGCACCACCACAGCGCAAAGCACCACCACAGCGCAAAGCACCACCACAGCGCAGGGCACCACGGGCACCACGGCACAGGGCAUGGACGCAACGCAGGGCACGCACGCAACGCAGGGCACGUACACAUCGCAGGGCACGCACGCAGCGCAGGGCACGCACGCAGCGCAGGGCACCACAGCGCAGGGCACGCACGCAGCGCAGGGCACCACAGCGCAGGGCACGCACGCAGCGCAGAUCCGCGAAGAUGCGUUUUAUGGGGCCCCGACCCCGGAACCCGGCGCAAAUGGACGUCCGAGCGCCAUUAAUAUCCAGUGGUAUCGGGAUAUCGCCAUUGGGAUUAGCCGACGAUUUUUGCGACCCACUGCCGCGUUUGCCAGCAACAUGCAGGAGGAGAGAGACUUGGCGCAGGCUGUGUUAAACGCCGACACCGAGGAGGGCGGCGCAUUCAUCCCAAUUGGCGGGUGGAGUGUACGGCCGUGGUAUUAUGGAGCAGCCCGGGACCACGGCACAUCGCCGUGCAAUGUUUCGACUCUCCAGCACCGAUUGGCACCGGUUUUGGGGUUUGCAUCCGCCGCGGAGCCCAGCCCGUUGGGGAAGCGCAAGAGAUCACCAUGGGAGGACGAAGCCGAGGAGGGCCGAGUGGUCCGACGUCACCGGUUAAAUAUCGCAGAUAUGCGCACCACGUUGCAGCACAUGACCGGGCAAGAGGAUAUCCAGUUCCGGGGCGUCCAAGCACCGGCGUUGCGCGCCAUUCAGGACGGCAAGAGCCCGGUGGUCGCCAUUAUGCGCACCGGAGGGGAAAAGCAUGUUGUUUAUGUUACCUGCAUUCGCCGAGCCCAGUGGUACUACCAUUGUGGUCGUGCCAUUAAUAUCAUUGCGGAACGAUAUGGUGCGGCGCUGUCGCGAGUUGGUCGACGGCCACCGGACGAAGCGACAAUUGUACUGGUCACACCGGAAUCCGCGGUGCAGGAGGAUUUUCAAACGUUUAUUAACCGGUUGCAGCAAACACGCCGGUUAGACCGGAUCGUGAUCGACGAAUGCCAUGUGAUAUUAAACGACCAAACGGAUUUCCGACCCGAGUUGCGACAGCUGGGGCGGUUGAACCACGCGCGAACCCAGAUGGUGUUAUUAACUGCCACGUUGCCGCCGCGGUUGGAGGCGAAGUUAUUCCGGCGCAUGGAGUAUUCCCGCGAGCAAGUCCAUAUAUUUCGGGACCGGACAAGCCGUCCCAACGUGGCGUAUCGCGUGUGGCGGCCCGAGCUGGGUCGGCGUUCCAUGCAGUGGUUUACCAGCGAGCCGGUGCUCGCGUUUAUCCGCGAGCGAAUCCAGCGCGCCAAGGAUGGCAAGGUGGUGGUAUACGGCCAUGUGGUCCGUCAGGUAGUGGAGAUUGCACGCGAGUUAGCGUGCGAGGCGUACUACAGCAAGCAGGUUGACAAGCCAUCUAUAUUACAGCGAUUUACCCGGGGCGAGGCGCGAGUAAUUACCGCCACCAGUGCAUUGGGCAUGGGUGUGGAUAUCCCCGAUAUUCGCAGUAUUAUCCAUAUUGGAACACCGCGGUCGUUGUUGGAGUACGGGCAGGAAAGUGGGCGAGCCGGACGGGAUAGCCAGCGCAGCGAGGCGAUUAUUAUCCAGCCCGAGGGCUGGGACGAGCCCACGCCGGAGACGCCAGAGGCCGUGGCGGAUCGCGAGUUGGUGGACGAGUACCUCGGGGUGGCGCCCGGGGUGGGAUGUCGACGGUUUGUAUUGGACGCGUACAUGGACGAAACAGUGAAUGGCUAUACGCGCCGAUACUGUCAGGAUAUUGAUUCCACCGAGGCACUCUGUGACGGCUGUGACGCCGAUUGGCUCGCGCAGGAGUCGGUUUGCAUGUCCCCGGACAGAUAUUCCCCGGACACCCGCAUGGACGAUCUCGCCAGCACGACAAGCCCACCACGCGAGAUUAGCGCUACGGGCAGUCCCCAUUCCCAUGGUAGUGGCGAAUUAUUUCCAUUAUCGCAUAUUAUACCACAGAGCACGCAGAAUAUCGCGCCAAAUCCCACACGCCGGUCCCAAUCCCAUGACAAUACAGAAUCAUUUGAAACUCAAGUAAUAUCGCAUGUUAUACCACAGAGCACGCAAAAUAUCGCCCCCAAUCCCACGCCCACGGUUAGUAUCGCCGAACGCCAGCGCCAACGGGUGCAAGACCAGCGCCAUGCAGCGCCCGUAUUCAACACCAGGUGCAAGAUGCACGGCAGUGGUUGGACGAGGAAACUAUUGAAAACGAGAUAG